AUGGUUCGAAUGUUUUGCGGUUUCCUCAGCCGGAAGAAGAAAAAGACGAAGUCGUCGUCCUCGUCGUCUUCUCCGUCUCAAGAUGUGAAAAAGGAUAAAAAGGGAAAGAAAGAUGGAAGGCUUCGCGUGAUGACAUCAGGUAGUAAGACCACCACUAGCAGGGCUUUUGGCCGCGGCGGCAAAGGCUGUAUUUGUAGUGAUGGCGGCGGUUGUGGAGGCUGCGGCGGUUGUGGUGGGUUAACUAUUGUUGGCAAGACCUCAUUUGCACAUAUGAUGUACAAUGACCAGUGCAUUAAGGAAGUGCCAAGGUCUGCCUUUAGCUGCCAAAGCAUUUGGUCUCAAGGAACUCCACAUUUCAAAAAUGAGAGCAGUGACAAGCAUACGCUCAAUAUGCUGCAGGGGACUUCUGCUUCAAAGCCUUACAAAUAUUGUAGCCAUUUGUUAACCAUCACGAUGUGUAUUCAUCUCUUAUGCUACAUGUGUCGCAAGAAAGAGAAGGUGACGUCAUCCCCGCCAAGGAAUGACGUCAAAAAGGGUGAAACAACGUUGGAAGCGAAAGAUGGAGGUCUUGUUGUUAUGUCGUCGUCGGGAAAGACCAAGACCAGCAGAGGCUGUCGUUGCGGGGGAGGAGGUGGUUGUGGUGGUGGUUGCGGUGGCGGUUGCGGAGGUGGAGGUGGAUGUGGAGGCGGUUAA